AAAUAACGAGACUUGUCUCUCUCUCCAUCUGAUUUUUUCUUUUGGUUUAAUUCUCCAUUUGAGUCCACUCCUCAAGAAGAAGAGAACCAAAAGCCACGUUUGGAUAAACUAAAAAUUUUAAAAAUGGCUUAUGCUUUGCAGAUUACUUCUCAGUACUACCACAAUAGAAUUUCUCUUUGUUCUGUUUCUCCUGUUUUUCCAAAUUUAAGAAAACCAAACAGGGUACUAAAUUCAGGUACCUCAAAUUCCAAUAAAAAGUUUAAAGUUAGAGCACUAAAGGAGAAAACAACAGAGGAAAUUAACUCUCCUGAGGAUAUCACAAAGAAAUUUGGUCUAGAAGCUGGUCUAUGGAAGAUAUUUAGCUCAAAAGAGGAAGGAGAUGAAGAGAACAAGGAUAAAAAAUCAAAAGGGGACCAAGCGAAAGAGCUUUUGGCAAAAUAUGGAGGAGCCUAUUUAGCAACUUCCAUUACUCUCUCAUUGAUAUCAUUUGCUCUUUGUUAUGCUCUGAUUAAUGCUGGUGUUGAUGUUCAAUCCUUGCUACAGAAGGUGGGAAUUUCUACUGAUGAGACUGGUGAGAAAGUGGGAACUUUUACAUUGGCCUAUGCUGCUCACAAAGCUGCAUCACCUAUUAGAUUUCCUCCUACUGUUGCUCUAACACCAAUUGUUGCUAGUUGGAUUGGAAAGAAAGUUGAUAAAGAGUAGUAAAACUAGGCUGAUAUUGGACACAAUUUUGCUGCAGAUGUAAUAUAUAUGUUAGUAAAUACUACAGGUUAAUUAUCUUACUAGUAUUUGAUUGUUCUUGCCAAGUAUAACAACCCUGUUGAUAAGUGCAAGAUUUAGCACAGUAUAUAACUGGAAAUACAGAUUUUCAGUGA